AUGUGGAGUGGUGUCGUCGCCGCAGUAAACGCAGUCUUGGGGCAGGCCACAGGUGCCCUGAUGGACUUCAAAGCUCGUACCAUUGAGCUAUUCCUCACUUGGCAGUACGGAAACCAAGUUGAAGGAUUGCGUAGAAAGCGAUCCCAUCAUCGUCAACGGCGACACCGACAGCAACUUGUGUCACGUGCAUCUCCGACCGCGGACUCACCUCGGGCGUCACACGCCGAUGAAGCAGAGGUGGAUCACCGGCAGGCUGUGGCUGGCCUGGCGCUUCUCGCCCAACGUGUUCCAAACCUCAUGGGUGGUUAUUGUCGACAAAUGCUGCAGACAUUCUACGGAAAGCCGUUUACUACGCUUGCCGAAGCGAAGCUUCGAAGGGAGAAAAUCAGUGAGAACGUCUGGUUGUACCGCCUCAAAGCACGCUCUUCACGGACGUCAGUUUUGGUCUCGGGAACCACAAAUGUGGAUGCGGCACCCCGGCUCAGUUCACAUGCGACAAGUGCUUAUGCGCAGCAACCAGUGGGAGAUGAUAUCCCGCUCUUGGUGUGGCUAGUGAUGCCAUGGGAAAGUGAGGCUUCUGUUGCUCUGCGUUUCGUGCUUCGGUUAGCGCAUUCUUUGGGUUGCGACGCUCUUCUAGUAACUGUUCCGAUGGAUAAUGCUGGUGGGGCCUCAGAGACGGUGCAGCUUCUCUUUGACAUGAUGGAGGCUGGAAAGCGCAAAACCCAUGCAAGACGUGUUCUCAUUGGCGGAAGCGAUCUUGCGGCAAUGUUUGUGCUUCUCCUGUUGGAGCGUCGCUGUCCUCUGCUGCACGUGGGUGCUUACGCGGCAGCAGGCGCGGAGGUGGCACGUCGCGCCUUUUGUCAGGGGGUUAUUCUCGUUGACCCCUUCGUUGGGUGGGAUACCUCUGUGCCCCUGCGCCACUUCACAGCAGGCAGCUCGCCUCCUCGUGAGCGCGGUGGUGGUUUUGAGGGCCGGGGUGCGGCCCAGCCUCGGUCGACAGCUUCGCUCUCGGCGAAGGAUCGCUUCAAGCAGUUAGUGAUAAACAGCAGUGGUGGUUGUAUCCAGCAGUGGUUUCCCUCACCAAUUACCUAUGAGCCGCCGCCCAUAGUUGUGCUUGUGGACGACGAUGGAUUCUGGCUACAGGAGCAGUCUGACUUCAAUGCACGGGUGGAUCGCCUUGGUGCCGAGGCAAAAGAAGAGAGAGUCUUUUUUCUUUCCUACACUAUUGAGACGAGGGCCGCAGGGGCGUUGCUCUCGCAAGGCUGCCGAAUUGAGCUAGAGCGGCUGUGGCGCAUGGUGGAACAGUUCCUUGGUGAGCUCCUUGCGCGGGAAGAGCCUAGCGCGGCCUCAACGCCGUCAGCGGAUGGUCGGCAUUUCUGUGGUGAAGAUAGAGGGGCACGACCACACCUGUGUGAAGGGGAGCUGACGUUCCGUGCUGCCUUUGCUCCCUAA